AUGACUGAGGAUGAAGAAGAGAAUUGUAUGAUAUGCAUGGGUCCUUUAGCGACGGAAGGCGAGCAUAGAGUCUGUUCUCUUAAAUGCGGACAUAUUUUUGGUUAUAAAUGCAUUGUUGAAUGGCUAAAUACCAAAAGCACAUGUCCUGCAUGUAAUUCACCUGCAACAGUAGAAUCUAUCAUUCCUUUAUAUUGGAGAGGUGGCAAAGUUAUAAAAAAUUCGGAAUUAAUAAUGCUCACACAAGAAAAUGAAAAAUUAAAAGCAGAAAAUGCCGAAAUAAUUCAAUCAUUAAGUUCGAAUCAGACUUCUCAAUACUCUCAAGCAAGCUAUUUUCCAUCAUAUCCUACAAUUUUAAUGACCAAAGAAAUAAAUGACGGAUUACGUCUAUCAUUUACGAAAUCUCGAAUAGUAGUCACAGAAAAAGUCAAUGACAAUUAUGGAAUUUCAUAUACAGAAUGGCAAAAGCCAAAAUGGAAUUUUAUUCCAUUAUGCAAACUAAUAAUACGUGACAUAUCAGUUAAUAAGAGUCCUAUUGAGAAAUCCUUAACAGUUUCGCAUGAAGGAUCCUUUUCAGUUGUUAAUUUAAACGAAAAUUCCAUAAUUACAACGAAUACAUUGCCAGAAACACCAUGGUGCUGUUGUUGGAUAAAUGAGGAUAAGGCAGCUAUUGGCGCAGCACAUGGCACAAUUUUUGUUGUAAAUACAAGAACUGGAGAUAUAAUCUCAAAAAAAUCAACUGGACCCGAGAAUCCUCAGUUCCAAUCCAUAAUACCAACAUCUACUUAUUCUGUGAUAGCUUUGAACUGCCGAAAUGCUUUUACGUUUAAUAUUGAAACUUCUAUGUUUAUUCCAAAUCCAAUAAGCUUUGACCAUGAAUAUAUUAAGAUGAGUAAUGAUAAUUUAAUCGCUAUAUCAUUGAAAAACAAAAAAUGCACUUUAUGUGAUAUUAAAUUUCAAACUUUGAGGAGUUUGAGAUGGUUUCCCAUAGGGGAAAUUAAAACCAGAGCUAGACCAGCUAUUGGCACUAGAAAUAAAUCAGUUUACAUUGCGAUUCCAAAACCAAAUUUUGAUUUCUCAAUAAGAGAGAUUCAUGAUAUAGAUAAAGAUUUAUACGGAUCAUUCAGUGAAAGAUAUACUACUUUUGAGAAAAAUGGAUCAAUUUUAGAUCUUGAUUUUUCUCCAGGGCCAGAUUUUUUAUUUGCUGCUAUGUCAUCAUCGCUUUUGAUUGUUUUGUCUUUACCUGUUCAAUAA